AUGGUCUUCCAUGACAAUGAAGUAAAGAAUGAUGAAAAUGUGUCACUCCAGGACAUCCCACUCUCAAUUCCAUCAAGUCCAGAACCACAAGAACCUGAGUCAACUUUUAAGAUGGAUGAUCUGCUGAAUGAGAUCAGACAACUUAAAGAUGAACUCAAGAAAAAGGAUGAAACCAUCAACCAGUUAGAGCAUCAGCUUCCUCAAGUACUACAGCCUUCCAGCAGCCUUCCCAGUUCCACAGACCUCGCCCAGGGAAAACUAAUAAAAAUGCCACAUAUCGAGGCCCACAGUGAAUCCCCUAAAAAUGAUCUGCAUGAAAAUAGCAAUCAGAAUCAAAAUGCUGCAAAUUCUCUCCUAAAUAGCUCGAAUCAAGUAAACUCUUUCAUGAGCAUACAGUUAAAAGUAAAAGAUGAGAAUGCGUCACAUUUGGAAAAUUUGAGAAAUACAAAUGCUGAAGACCCUGGAGAGGUGACCGAUAGUAAAGAGAGUCCCUUAGCGUCUCGUUCCUCUUCUCAGACCUCUACACGAGCUCAUGCUAGAGAGGUUCAGACUGAACUAGGUGUGAAAGGUCAACCCUUAGUCACAAACCAGGCUCCUCGGCCAAAGACUUUAAGAAUUGCAAAGCCCCCCAAUGCUUUAGUGCCUCCUACGAUGGCCGUUCUCGCACGAUCUGCAAAUCAUUCCACUGCUUCCAAGGAACAUGAGCUUCUACCACUGAGUAGCUCGACUCAGCUGCAGCCAACAUCUGGCCAGGAUAACCUAAAGGGUAAACAGAGUCAGAAAGUAUCUAAACUUCGCCCUCCAACGACGUCCUUUGUUAAAGCAAAGCAAAUGAGCAGUCAGAAGUCCACGCCAGUACCUCCAGAGCCUCAAAACACCUGCUUGAAGACGAACAUCCCAAAGCCACCGGUACAGAGAAAGGAACCCAUGCCACCACAGAAUGCCACUUUGCAUUCUGGGGAUGGUUUGCCCUCUAACAGGCAUUCCCGCCUCCCUAAACCAAAGACACAUUGA